UUUUCGAAUAUGACACGACCAUAGUCCUUGUUUCAGUUUUACGUUAUUUUACAUGAGAAUUUUUCUAUUUUCACAGACUUAUGCUUGUUUAUUGUGCCAAUAAGUGACUAAAGCGUACUGGCAUGGCAAGCUUUGAUACAUUUCCUUGUUUUAUUAGAAGGUGGAAGGCAGUAAAGAAGCCCAAGAUUUUCAUAUCGGCUGCAGUGCAAAUGUGAAAAUUUCUGACCUUGAAGGCAAAGUUAUUGGCAUUUUAUUUUCAGCUAACUGGUAUCCACCUUGUCAAGAGUUCACUCGAGUACUAGCCAAUUCUUACGAGCAACUUAAACACAGUGAUCCUGGAUUUGAGAUAGUCUUUGUCUCAUCUGACGAAGAUCAGGACGCCUUCAAUAAUUAUCAUGCUUGCAUGCCAUGGCUUGCAGUUCCAUUCUCCGAUUUGGAGACGAAGAGAUCCUUGAAUCGAAGGUUUGAUAUUGAAGGGAUACCCUCUCUAAUUGUUCUUCAACCAAACAUAAAAGAAGGUACUGCAAUUCGAGAUGGGGUCGACCUUAUUUAUCGCUACGGGAUACAAGCUUAUCCAUUUACUGAAGAGAGGUUGCAAGAAUUGCUGGAGAAAGAGAGAGACAAGCACAAAAAUCAGACUCUUAAAGAUCUACUAGCCAACCGUGAAAGAGAUUUUCUCCUGGGCCAUUCGACACUGAAAGUUCCUGUCUCUUCUUUAACGGGGAAAACGGUUGGACUCUUUUUCUCGGCUCAAUGGUGCCUUCCCGGCGUCAAAUUUACACCCAAGCUCGUUUCUAUCUACGGGAAGAUUAAGCAAGAGCUGGCUGUUGAGGGUGAUGAGCACUUCGAGAUCGUGUUUGUAUCAAGUGACUGUGAUCAAACAACGUUUGAUUCCUAUUUUCAGACAAUG